AUGAGCAUUUUUAACCAAUCAAAUAGUGGUUUUAGUAGCAAACAUGUCAGCAUCAAUCCCACUCCCAGUGUGUCUGAUCUCAAUGAAGUGUUAGGUGCAAGUGUCACUUCAUCCAAACUCAGAGAGAUCCCUGCCUUUGAAGAAAUCGAAGCAAUUGAGCAAUCUAACAAACACAAAAAGCUUGAAGAGCGCAGACAAAAAGGACGUAUCAGAUCUAAAGCCACACGAGAAAACAAAAAGAAGUAUCUCCAGCAGCUUGAACACAAAGUGGCAGAGCUCGAACAGGAGAAGUUCAGGCUGCAGAACCUGCUGAUAAGCUACAGAGCAGACAAGCUGUAUGACAUUGGGGCUGGGUCGAAAUAGUCCGAUCGAGAACAUUCAGACUACCAAGUAUCAAACCAUUGAGCAAUUCUUUGAUCGGGAAACUACUCAGUAUGUUGGAAACAAAUCAGUCUCAAUGGCAGCAAACUUCGAGAAGAAAAUGUAUAAAUAACUUACAAAAUCACAAAGAGUUUAUCGAUAAAGCUUUUGAAGCUAUCAUCAAUAGUUAUAACCCAAAUUGGAAGAAAACCUUUCAGAGGGAUUUUCAGCCUGAAUACACCACAGAUUACAAAAUAAUCAAGAAAUACUCCACUUUCUUCACUGGAGAAACCAAACUGAGCAAGUACCAGCAGCAAGAGUUCAUCAAGAAGCAUAACCUCAACUUGGUUGAUGAGUUUGUAGCAUCUGUGAAUCCCUCUGAAUCUCAGUUCGCUUUAGCUAAGGUUAUCUUUAAAUAAAUAUGAUAUUAUACACAGAAAAUAUAAGAAAGCAAUACAACUACUUUUGGAAGCUAAACAAAUUAUCGAAGAAACUAACGUUGAUCAUAAUUCAUUCAUGAAAUUUCUGGUUGAGUCUAAAAUAUUUGAAGAACGCCAGAUGAUGAAUUCAAUGCUGAAGAACAGCAUCUUCACAAAAGACAACGCCUUCAAAGACAUCUGGCAGAUCAAAAUUUCAAAGAAGACAUACACUUUCAACAUUCUUGAUGACCAUAUUAUGGGUGAAAUUGCUAGGAAAGUCCUGAAAGACUCAGAUAAAAGCCAAGAAGUAUCAUUUGAAUACAACCAUUUUAGCUUGCCGUAG